AAGCAGCAGGCGCUUGUCACGGUCGUUGUCGACCGAUUAGUGGGUGGAUUCGCGUCCGAGCCACUCCGAACCGCUCGGCAACUCGCGGUGUUUCCGCAUAAAUUUACUGCUCAGUAAACGCUCAGUACUUUCCCAUCUCACCUCAACGUGCUGCUCGACGACUACGACCACGACGUCCAUUAUGCUUGCCCGCUCUGCAGCCCGUGCUUUAUCCGCCAACUCCCGUACUUUCUCUUCGUCUGCUGCAAGGCAAACGAAAGUUGCCGUCCUUGGCGCUGGUGGAGGCAUUGGACAACCAUUGUCACUCCUUCUCAAGACUGAUCCCCUCGUCACCUCCCUCAGUCUCUAUGAUAUCCGUGGCGCACCUGGUGUUGCAGCUGAUGUAAGCCAUGUCGACGCUCACAGUGAGGUCAAUGGUUACCCUGCAGACAAGCUCGACGAGGCCCUUGACGGUGUCCAAGUUGUUGUUAUCCCUGCUGGUGUCCCAAGAAAGCCCGGUAUGACCCGUGAUGAUCUAUUUAAUACCAACGCUUCCAUUGUCCGCGACCUUGCAGCAGCAAUUGGUCGCGUCGCCCCUACUGCCCACAUUCUCGUCAUCUCAAAUCCUGUCAACUCCACCGUUCCCAUUGUUGCCUCUACCCUUCAGAAAGCUGGCGUUUACAACCCUGCUCGCUUAUUCGGUGUAACGACCCUUGAUGUCGUCCGUGCUGCUCGCUUCACCGCUGGUAUUGCAGGGGUCAAACCCGCGGACACUCCUAUAACUGUUGUUGGUGGUCACAGUGGCGCGACCAUCGUGCCUUUACUCUCGCAGAAUGCACAUGGAAAGGCUAUCACAGGCGACAUUUAUAAGGCUCUUGUCCACCGCAUCCAGUUCGGUGGUGAUGAGGUCGUGAAGGCUAAAGAUGGUGCCGGUAGCGCCACCCUUUCGAUGGCAUACGCUGGUGCCAAAUUCACCAACUCUCUGUUACGGGGUUUGAAUGGCGAGAAAGGUGUCAUCACACCUACCUUCGUUGAGAGCCCUCUUUACAAGGACCAGGGUAUCGACUUCUUCUCGUCCAAUGUGGAGCUUGGUGUAAAUGGUGUCGAGAAAAUUUACCCUCUCGGGCCUCUUUCGGCUGAAGAAGAGAAGUUGUUGGAGGCCUGCUUGCCUGAACUCAAGAAGAACGUUGAGAAAGGGAAGGCGUUUGCUGAGAGCUCGUAGAAUGAUUCGUUUUAGAUUUGCUGUCCCUCUGCUGUCUAAACCCUUCUUGCUAGGUGCCGAGGCUGUCACGUUAGUGUGCACAGGGUGCAGUGAGCUGCCACAGAUAGUUCAAUUUGAUGAUGGCGUCUACUUUCACAAAACUUUUGUCCAUGGCACGUGUGACACUCU